GUGAGAAAGGGCACAAUAAAACUGCGUCCGUGCUAAGGAGUAGAAAGCAACAUUAAAUUCUCGUGGAGCCCUACGCGGCCAAAGGUUUCGUCACAACAGACGCUACCUCAAAGGGAAUCCGAGAAUAAGGGAGCUCCAUUGCACGCCCUCUGCAUCGUACGAGCCUAGUCGGUAUUCCACGUGAUGGCCAUUGGUAUGACGGGGCGCCGGAAUGGCCGCCGAGGCCGCUACUGGCACAUGGGCAUUGUGUUCCUGGUGUACUCCAGCUUCCACGCGUACUCUGCGUCGAUCGGUGGCGGGAGCGACGAGCGAGGAGCUGGCGGUGAGCUGGGCGGUAUCGACCUGUCCAACGUCACACCGAACCCGGCCUUCUACGCCACCUCGGCGUCGUCCUCGGGCGAGACGUCCGGCGAAAUCGACACAACCGCACCGGACGACGUAAACCCGACGGAGGAAUCGAAACCGACGAGCCGGCCGCACCAUACGCACCCCACUUGGAGGCCACGGCGGGAAAACUGUACCCCUCCUGCCAUCGAACAGUUCCCCCAGCCGCUGAUGGGGCCCAACGUGCGGAAGCAUGGCGGCUUGAUCAUACACGUCCUAGUGGCCGUCUUCACCUUCCUCGGACUGGCCAUCGUGUGCGAUGACUACUUCGUUUCGAGUUUAGAUAGAAUUUGUGAAGAAUUAAAACUAUCUCCGGAUGUCGCUGGUGCGACGUUUAUGGCCGCCGGCAGCUCGGCUCCAGAGUUGGCAACCGUGGUGAUCGGGGUGUUCUUCGCUAAGGAUGACAUUGGCAUCAGUGGCGUCAUUGGAUCGGCUGUCUUCAACAUCAUGUUCGUCAUCUCCGUGUGCGCCCUGUGCUCCGGUACGGUGCUGCAGCUCAACUGGUGGCCACUGGUUCGUGACUGCACUUUCUACACCAUCUCCAUUCUGGUCAUGCUGAUCGUCAUCAUCAACGAUGUGAUCUCGUGGGUGGAGUCGCUAAUCAUGCUGCUCUUCUACGUGGUGUACUGCGUGGCACUGCAUUUCAAUACGCCGUUGGAAAAGUGGGCCCAUACCUGGAACCUUCCGAUCAAGCUGCCCACGAAGGAGGAACAGUCCGCGCUCGUCACGUACAAGAACCUGCCCGAGACGACCUAUACCCAGGGUCAGCAGCCUGGACAGCAGGAAGCCCAACAGCCGCCUGCCGAGCAGCCGCCGGCGGCUGACCCGGGCUACGCAGCCUAUAUGGAUCCCAACUCGAGCUGGGAUCCAAAUGCGGCCUGGGGUGAACCUGCAGCACCGGUAGCAAACACCGUUGCCGUGGGCAAUGUUAACGAUGCCUGGAACAGUGGAACCGGUCAGCAGCAUUACGCCUACGAGGAUCAGUACGGCCAGGACGGUGGCCAGAAGGCAUCCCAACAGCAGCAGCAGGCAGUCGUCCAACAGCAAACGGCAGUGGCACCCCAGGCGCCUGGUGAAGAUUACUACAAACCGAAGGAACCGCGACCACAAGAUUCGCACAAUCCUCUGGAGAAGCCCGUCGACGGGGGCAUCCUGGCGCAGGUAUCGUGGGCAAUCGUAUACCCCAUCCACUACACUGCCCGCCUCACGAUGCCCGACUGCAAGACGGAGAAGUACAAAAACUGGUACCCAUUCACGUUUCUCAUCUCGAUGAUCUGGAUCUCGUUUUACUCGUACUUCAUGGUGUGGAUGAUAACGAUCAUCGGUUCGACCCUCGGCAUCCCUGAUACCGUCAUGGGACUAACGUUCGUGGCCGCGGGUGUGUCCGUCCCGGACGCGCUUAGUUCCAUCGCGGUGAUCAAGGAAGGCUACGGCGACAUGGCCGUGUCGAACGCCGUCGGGUCGAACGUGUUCGAUAUACUCAUCUGCCUCGGGCUGCCCUGGUUCAUCCAGACCGCGAUCAUCAAGCCCGGCUCGCACGUCAACGUCAUCUCGAAGGGCCUGACGUACUCCACGCUGUCGCUGCUGUCGACGGUGAUGUUCUUGCUGUUCGCGACGCACCUCAACGGCUGGAAGCUGGACAAGCGUCUCGGAAUUGUGCUGAUGUUCUGGUACCUGCUCUUCAUCACCGUCGCAUCGCUUUACGAACUGAACUUCUUCGGUCAGCUGAAUCCUCCCGAAUGCCCCAGUAUCUAUUAA